UCUCUUUGGCAAAACGUUUUCACCUAAUGCUUUCGGUGAUCUGAUAUUAUAAAUAUUUUAGGCCGUCCAUUUGGCAUUCACAAUAAUCCAAUUUCUCGAGUUAAAACUAUUAGAAUAAUUGUAUUUUUUACAAAUAUAUUCAAAUUAGUAUUUCAAAAAUGCAGUUGUUCAUAAGAGGCCAGAAUACCCAUGCCUUGGAGUGCGAAGGUGCUGAAAACAUUUCACUAAUUAAGGCUAAAUUAGCACUCUUGGAAGAUGUUGAUGAAAACGUAAUUUCUUUAUACUGCCAAGGUGAACCACUUAAUGACUAUCAAGUUGUUGGAGAGUUAAACAAUUUCAAUGUUGAUCUUAUUGUUCCAUUACUUGGAGGUAAGGUCCAUGGUUCUCUAGCACGUGCUGGUAAAGUUAAGGGACAAACGCCUAAGGUUGAAAAAGUUGAGAAAAAGAAGAAGAAGAAAACUGGACGAUCUAAAAGACGUAUUCAAUACAACAGACGUUUUGUCAAUGUUGUUCAAACAUUUGGACGCAGGAGAGGACCAAAUGCUAAUUCAUAAUUUGUUUCAUUAUAUUUUAUUAAAAAAUAAAUCAAUAAUUUGACAAAAAA